AUGUCAGAAGUAAGCAGCACUAAUACAGACUUGGAAAACAAUCCAAUCACUUAUAAUGGUGACGGUACCGAAACUGGACGUUAUAAUGACUCUGCGCCAAGUAAAAGUGUUUCAACGGAUUCAUUAGGUCAAGUAUACACAGCUGGUGAAAAUGAUGAAUACAUCUUUAUUGGUAGACAAAAAUUUUUGAGAUCCGAUUUGUAUGAAGCUUUUGGUGGUACUUUGAAUCCAGGUUUAGCGCCAGCUCCUGUUCAUAGAUUUGCUAAUCCUGCACCAUUAGGUUUAUCAGCUUUCGCAUUGAGUACUUUUGUUUUAUCUAUGUAUAAUGCUGGUGCUCAAGGUAUUGUUGUUCCAAAUCUUAUUGUUGGUCUAGCUAUGUUCUAUGGUGGCUUAAUGCAAACUAUUGCUGGUAUUUGGGAAAUUGCAUUGGAAAACACUUUUGGUGGUACCACAUUGUGUUCAUAUGGUGCUUUUUGGUUGAGUUUUGGUGCUAUUUAUAUUCCAUGGUUCGGUAUUUUAGAAGCUUAUACUGCAAAGCCUAGUGACUUGAAUAAUGCGUUAGGUUUUUACCUGUUGGGAUGGGCGAUAUUUACUCUUGGUGUUGUUAUUUGUACAAUGAAAUCUACUGUAUUGUUCUUUGGUUUAUUCUUCAUGCUGUUUAUGACAUUCCUAUUGUUAUGUAUUGCCUCGUUCUCUGGUAGACAUAGUGUUCAAGUUGCAGGAGGUGUGUUUGGGGUAAUCACUGCAUUCAUUGCAUGGUACAAUGCAUACGCAGGUUUGGCAACGAGACAAAACUCGUACAUCUUGGCACAUCCAUUCCCAUUGCCAUCAAACGAAAAGGUUAUUAUUUAA